GAUUUGAUCUGGAACUGCCGGAGAGGGAAUUCUUCCUUUUUUAUUCUCCUCCAGAGCGGUUGGUGCUUCUUCAUUUUUUGAUAGUGAAGAUAGGGGCUCUUAUUUGCAUCUGCUUGCCUUGGAAAGCUGGAUUUGUUGAUGAAGCAAAACCGAUAUCUUCGGUGCGUCGGCCUUUAUCACUCAAUCCAUCGCGGCCUUGCUGUCUCUGUAUUAAUGUUGUUUGAAGAAAGGAGCCGUCAUGGCUUUUUACGACGCUGAUCUUGAUAUGCCGGUUGUUUGCAGUGCACAGGUGCCGCAACGGCGUCGGCGUUCUGUUCGUUGACUGACUAGAAUGUUUGCGAACUUUGACUGAAGCGACGUCUGAUUGCUUUUAGCGGAAGAAUCUCUGUACUUCAAGUUAUUAAUCAGUAAUCUAGUCCCGCCCAACCAUUCCAGUGUCCCAUUAGUUGAAAUUGUGGCCUGGCGAUGUUUUCUGAGUUGUUGAUGCAGUCUCCAACACUUGUGACCUCCAGACAACUUCGCCAGAUAUCGCAUGACUAUCGCCGUUGCCACGGCGUUUACGUUUGGAUCCUAUCGCUAAUGUGUCUAGCGAAUGACUAAAUUGUUUUGAUUGCAAAUCUACUAAUAUAGAUUCUUUCUACAUUAGUAUAUUUGUUUGUUACUCAGAACGAUUUAUUCAUUCACUUGGCGUUUCAAAGGUUCUCUUUCACAUUUUUUUCGCGUAUCGACAAUGCACAAUCCUCGCUCUGUGAUAAUUUUUGUAGAGUUCUUGGCUUCUCUGCGGCUUAGCCAUCAUGAGCAACAGUAUGUUUGUAUAACCUUGCACCUAUUCAGAGUACUGCACCAUUAUUGAGACAUUCUCUUGAAUAAUCUGUGCAUCUUGACCAUUUUAUGCGAGAGCCAAACUUAGUUACUUUGUAGCUCUUUCCCAUUAGGCAUUGCUGAGAGUUUUCGGGCUGGAUGACUUGCUCAUCUGCAUCUUUUUUUUUCGUUACGCCGAUAUAGGACCGGCCAUACUAUUCCUGUGAUUCCUGCAAUCAAUGCGAUUCUCGUGAUUGCUGCGGCUCCCGUAGCAAUGUAUAUUGCGAAGAAAACAAUGUAUACUGAAUUUCGGAGAGCUAUCCGUAGUGCGGCACAUCGGCAGUCGAAGAAUCACAAGAAUUGUAGGAUUGACAGGAAACGCAAAUCACCUGCUGGGAUAGUAUGGCCGGUCUCUAUGAUUUCAGAAUUCACAGAAUAUCAUCCUCUAGUUACCUCAUCAGCUGCGUUCAAGGAUGUUGCUCAUCUAGUUGUCAAAACUGAACUGAUGAACUUGAAAAUCAGCUGAGCCGUUGCACGCUUAGUUUGAGAAAAACUCCCAUUUGCUUGUCAUUUGCCGCUAAUCCUUCAUCUAUGUUCCUAUUAUAUUUCGACCGUUCGUCCAUAAUUCCCUUGUAAUGCGACGUGUUCGUUUAUUAAAGCUUGAUAUAGACAUCUCUGAAUUCUGCUUUUUUUCAGCCCGGUACAUCGUGUAUCUUUCCUUCCUCAGGUAAAUAUGGAAAACCAGCAGCAACCGUCUACAACGUCGCUCUGCCGGAACGGGUGUGGAUUCUUUGGUUCACAGGCAAACGAAGGUCUGUGUUCAAAGUGCUUCAAAGAUUCGAUCAAACGUAAUCAAGAUACUGCCAGAUUAUCUCCUACUGUUCCAAUGCCUAUUGCUGCUUCUUCCUCUACUGUGAUGUCCGACUGCCCAAUGUCUGAACCUCCUGCACAGACCUGCGCACAAGCAGCCCACGCUGCUAGUGAAGUAACUGCCAAGUUGGAAAGCGCAGAGGCAAUCGCUGCUGCAAGUCAGCCAGAAUCCAGUUCUGUGGCAAAUGUGGAGUCUACAACAGCCCCUGUAGAAGCUCCAGUUCCCAUGAAGAAACCUAAUCGUUGCCAAAUGUGUAAGAAAAGGGUCGGCCUUACUGGUUUUACGUGUCGUUGCGGCGGACUAUACUGUGGUGAACAUCGUUACGAUCAGGCGCAUAACUGUUCAUUCGACUACAAGACGAUGGAGCGCGAAGAGAUCCGUAAAAACAAUCCCGUCGUUGUGUCAGACAAGAUUCAGCGAAUCUAGGCCACAUGGCUUCAUCUACCCCGUGAAUAAGUUUCUCCCUUUUCAUCCUUUUCGUUCGGUCCCCGUCGUCACGAAGAAAAUUUUUGUGUUUCUUUUUCUUCAUUUCGUUUUCGUGUGUCCUCCUCGAAGUUGCGGUGCGGCCAUCUAGUAUAACUGGUUCGUUGUGUCGUAACUUGCCAACACUCAGUCAUUAUACCCGAUUCUCUCUAUAAUGGAAAGUUUUUUGGUGAAUAAGUGUGUACCCCUUAGAGAAUAUUAUGGGUCGGGCCACUCUAUUUUCUAUGUGCUAAUGCAUUCAUCAAGUCCGUCCAACUGAUACGUAUUCUGUUUUCCUUAGGCUUUUGGAUAUUUUUGUCUCCCCCGACCUCCGAGUUCUCUCCAGGGGACCGCCGCACACGCUCUUAGCCUCUGUGAUCCGAAUGGUCUUUGUUACUGCUUGCUAGGUCGUUUUCGUUUAUUUUUCUUUUCGGUAUGUGUCUAAACAUUUGCGCGAUUGAUCAGAAGUCUAUAUUUUCCCGAAUCACCACCAUAUUUCCUCCGUCUGUCGUUGUUAUGUAGUCAGGACGCGCGCCCAGUUGCGCGAAAGGCGCGCCGCCCGCAAUUGCCUUGUGUAUUGAUUUAUUGAUUUGUUGCUUGGUUAACCUAGUUGUGUUGGAAGCAGAAAUAAGAAACUCUUGAGCUCUCUAUAUUUGAAGUCAUAGCCGUUUCGUGGUUGCUACUGUUGGUUAGGUACUGAAUAUACACAGGCCCACAACAUGCGCAUCUGCUAGCGGUAUGGGAAUCGCCUUCCACUCCACUCCUUCUUGUGUCCUCCUCAUCACAUACCUAGGUAUAUCUAUUCUUCCUAAGAAGGCUGUAAAUAGUAUGUAAUGAAUCGUGAAUGAUUUUGCAAAUAAACGGCUGUGUGACGAUCCCAU